AUGAAGUCCAGCAUCCUGAACGUUCUUGUCGGCCUCACCGCUGUGGCGGCUGUCCCCAGCGACUAUGCCUCCCUCGACACCCGUCAAGGAGGCGUCGUUUCCAACGACUUGAAGAACGGUGACUGCAAGCCAGUUACCUUCAUCAUGGCCCGUGGCUCGACCGAAACCUCGAACAUGGGAACCGUCGUCGGCCCACAAACCUGCGCAGCGAUCAAGCAGAACCUCGGCGCCGACCAGGUGGCCUGCCAGGGCAUCGGCACGGAGGACGGCUACGCAGCGGCGCUCCCGCCCAACUUCCAGGCCAAGAACACGGACGACCAGUCGAUCAACGCGGCGCUCAAGAUCGUGAACCUGGCGACGACGCAGUGCCCCGACACGACCAUCGUCAUGGGCGGGUACAGCCAGGGCUCGGCCGUCGUCGACAACGCGAUCCAGCAGAUGCCCGCCGCGACGCAGGCCAAGGUCGCCGGCGUCGUCGUCUGGGGCUUCACCCGCGCCGAGCAGGACAACCUCCAGAUCCCCGGCUACCCCCAGGCCCAGACCAAGGUCUUCUGCGCCACGGGCGAUCUCGUCUGCAACAACACGCUCACCAUCACCGCCGCUCACCUGUCGUACGGCCGUAACGCCGACGAGUCCGGAGCUUUCCUCGCCCAGAUGGCUAAGGCUGCACCUGCGGCGGGUGGCGCGGCUGCGGGCGCGGCUGCUGGUGGAGCGGCUGGUGCUGCUGCCGGUGGUGCCGCUGCAGGCGCUGCCGGAGCUGCCGCCGGAGGAGCUGCUGGCGCUGCUACUGGUGCUGCUACUGGUGCGGCCAAGGGCGGCAAGAAGAAGACUGGUGGCCUUACUUCCCUGUUCGGUAACUAA